AUGACCAGCAAAAAAAUCCUAGACUUAUUUGAGGAGUGCAAGCAGUACGACCCUGUCACCUUCUUCAAGCGGAUGGGGUAUCGCUUUCAGAACGAGAAGACGCGAGCGCAUUCCACCUACUUCACAUUGAUGUCCCAGGCCAGAAUCUCCGCUGAAUGGGACGCGUAUGCUAAAAUCAUGGCCGACCAAUGGGACAAACAACGAGCCGACGGCACUGUUGCGAACUUUUGGGGGCGUCUCCCAAAGAACUCUUCCGACAAGCUGGCGCGGGCGCAGGAGGACCAGGCGAUAUUCAACGUGAAGCGUCUCUACAAAAGGGAUAAUGCCAUGUCGAAGAUCCUGGACCAAGGCCUUUUAGAAACCGCCCGUUCCAACGUCGCGGCGUCGUCGUUAUCCAAGAAGUCAGGGAAACCUACCGACGUAUCCAUUUCAGUACCCUCAGCUAAAGGACUAGCGAAUCGAGCGACACAAGAAGCUGGGCAGACCAAGAUUGACAACAUGGCCGGUACACCAAAACCCUCGACGCCGGCAGGCACCUUCAGUACUGGCAAGCACAAGAUGAAUGCUUGUACCGCCGAGGAGCCAUGGCGACCGUUGACAUUUGCGUUUAUGGAUAUUAUGGACGGCAAGGACGUUGCCGCGUUUCCGGAGCCCGUACCGGGCAUGAAUCGUGAACGUGCACUGUUGUUCGAUCAUGCUGUCACCUCUUUGAAACAGUACCAAGACCAAGAUGUUCAGGACAAGAACGUUGUGCUGGUGAAGGAUGCACAAGUUGCAAUGUCGUUUAUCUUCAACACGAUGUCAGAGCGAGCUUGUCAUCAUUUUGAGAAAUUUCAAGAAAAAGAGUUGGUCGAGACUGCUAAGGCUUCGAGCGUUAUUGACGGUUUUGAUCAACAUAUGUGCUCGACCAUUCUCAAAAAAUAUGCUCCGAGGCUCGCGAAUUGCAACGUCCAGAAGCUCAUGGCCACGUUGAUCAUUGACCGAGGUUCCAUCUUCGACAAGUACUCAUAUCAGGAGCGAUUGCCGGCAAGCGUGGAGCUCGAGAACAAGGUUCUUCAAAUCCUGAUCAUCAUUUGUGAACAUAUCCUUCGGCCCCCUUUCGGCAAAUCUUCACCGUCGGAAAGCGACUGCCUCCACGUUUGGAUGUCCAUUUUCUCUGUCAUGGUGGACAAGUUGACAAUUCAUACUGGAGAAAGGGUGCUGGGGUCAUCAAGAAUCAUGCGCAAGCAACAGUCAGCCGAGUUUGGAGAUAUCAGCGAGAGUGACCCCAAAGUCGACAUGCUUUUUGUGUACAAUGGAGUGGAGAUCUCCAACGUAAAGUUUAAGAACCCUGGCUCCACUGAGCGAGACCUUGCGAUUCAAAACAGGGAGAAUGUCCGGUUAGCCCGGUGUAUACAAGAAGCUCAUGCUGCUCUCGGUGUUCCAGAUCCAUCAGUACUGAUGGCCGACGUUGCAGGGUUUGUUGGCGUGAUCUAUCAAGUCGGGCCGUUGAAGGGGAUCGCCGUCACAGGAGAAACAGCACAUGCUACAGUGAGUCUGCCCCUAACCCGCGCUACUUUGAUGGCAUUCCUAGAAGACAACUCUCUCGCCAUAAUUUGGAACUACGUUUCUCGUUUGGAGGCGCAGGGGCAAUCGGUGUCCGAUGCGAAGGAGCUUCAUGAGCUGGCUCUGGAGAAGGCGAAGCUUGAGCGAGUCAAGCGUGGGCGGGACCAGUCUUCUCACGAUUCACCACAGGCCACGGUCCAGAUACGAUUCCAGGACGACGUAAUACUGACUCCUUCGAAGAAGAGAGUCAAGAUCCUCACAAUUGCACACAUGAAAGAUCUAGGCGAGUCUUUUCCACCUCCGUCACCUUCCUACCGUGAUUCCUUGUAG